AUGUCUUCUUUGUUCAGCUUGACCUUGCAAGCUGGGGUGGAAACAGGCGUGAAUCACUUAGCGGCAUCCUCACCUCCAAGUUCUCCCAAAACUCCUCCUAAAAGUCAUGGUAAAGGAAUCAAUGUUAAUGAACAAGUGAGUGGUGGUAUGACUUCCAAUCCAAAGGCCUCAAUGCAUAUACAUACACAAGAGAGCUCUCAUGAUAAAAAGAAGGCAGACUUGAAUUCUGGUUCAGGAGCAAACGAAGUCGCAAAAAGAAAAAAAGCCAGGCAAGACCACAUAGGAAGAGUUACAAAUCGUGAUCCCAGUUAUUAUACAAGUCGUGAACCCAGUUAUUCUAGACGCCGACACUGA